UCAUAUACACUACAAAAUCGCAGUCUGCGCGCGCAACCAUCAUAUAACUAUUAAUAGAAAAUAUCGUUCCGAUGAUGUCGCCGUUAUUAUUUUAAUAAUGUAUAUUAUAAUUUUAAUAUAAAUUACAUCACGAGGAUUCAUGACACCGCCAUGAAGGGGUCGUCGCCAGUUUUUCCGCGAUCCAUCGCCACGUCCUCCGGGCGCGACUUGAUCCGUGCCUYGCCGCCGUUAUUGUAAUAUAAUAUUAUAAUACAAUUAGAUAAAUAUUAUGUGACAUUUACGGCCUGUUCCGUGCAUUCGAUAAUAAUGUACAACCGAUCGCGUCGGUGCCUGUAACAGUAUAAUAGUCAUGUCGCCGUCCACGGUGCAGAUGCAGAACUCGAACGGCUCGCCGUACAACGUAUCUUCCGCGCCAGAAUUUCGGCAGGAUGAGUCGACAGCCGUUGAAGAAAAACUCAUGGUGGCUGUGAGAAUAAGACCAUUACCGACAAAUGAGACGGAUAGAAGCUUGUACGUGGUCGAUCCCAAGACUAUCGUUAUCGAGGAAACCGAUAAAGAAAGAGAUGAUGUACUUCGACAAAAGAGGACCGGUCAAAAGCAUUAUUCGUUUGAUGUAGUAUUCGAUGAAGAUUCAACUCAGGAUGAAGUGUAUGAAAAGACAACGAAAAGCUUGGUGAAAGACAUACUCGUCGGUUUUAACGCCACCGUGUUCGCGUACGGGGCAACGGGUAGCGGUAAAACACAUACGAUGGUUGGACAUGGCGGUGAGACGGGCAUCAUGGUCCGAGCCAUAAGCGAUUUGUUCGACAUUGUGAGCAAAAACGCUUACCGAUACACGGUAAAAAUGUCGUAUUUAGAAAUAUAUAAUGAGAACAUCCGGGACCUCCUGAACCCGGCGUCGGGUUUCCUGGAGCUCCGCGAAGAUACGUCCAGGAACCGGAACAUCCAAGUGACCGGACUCUCGGAAGUUGUAGUAGUAUCCAUCGACGAGGUGAUGGGGCUGCUGCACCAGGGUAACCGACAACGUACAGUGGAGCCGACGGGUGUAAACAAAACGUCUUCCAGAAGUCAUGCGCUACUAAGCGUCACGGUGUGCAAGGCAUCCAGAACGGCGACGGCCGUUCGGCAAGGCAGGCUGUUCAUGAUCGAUCUGGCGGGUUCUGAGAGAGCCAGCCACACCAAGAACCGAGGAAAACGGCUAAAAGAAGGGGCGCACAUCAACAGGUCUCUGCUGGCCUUGGGAAACUGCAUAAACGCACUAAGUGGAGGAACGAACCCCCGAUUCGUAAACUACCGUGACAGUAAACUCACCCGGUUGCUUCGUGAGUCGCUGAGUGGAAAUUGUAGGACCGUCAUGAUUGCACACGUCAGCUCGGCGGCGUCACACAAGGACGAGACCAGGAACACUUUGAUUUACGCCGCCAGAGCCAGUGGUAUUUCACACAAAGUCGAACGAAACGUUUUAAACGUGUCAUUUCAGGUGAAUCAGUACAGAUCAGUCAUAUCUGACCUGCGUAACGAAAUUUCUCGACUGAGGACGAAACUGGACGAGGGCCGUACAAAGUCUUCAAGCGGCCAGCACAGUGACACGCCUGUGAACCAGAUAAGGGACCAGAUUGUAGGCACUUUCCGCGAACAAAUGAAGCUUAGGCGAAAGCUGAUGGACAUCGACGGACACUUGUUAUCGUUAGGCGUAGAAGCCGAACGGCAACAUCAGAUAAUUAGCCAAUGGGAAUCGAGAAACAAUAAACUGUAUUGCCGGAGGACCAGCACUCAACGAAGGCCGAACACUAAGGGUUCUAACAACACUUCAAACACGGAUUCUUUUGACAACGACCAGCUAAACAUGCACCAGGCGUGGUCGGACCUGAGUUACAUUGAACAUGAACAAGAGAGAUAUGUGGCGCUGAGGUCCAAGACAGUGAGCGAGCUGGACGCGGUGCGGCAACAGGCKGUGGCCUUAGAAAAUAACCUUCCGAAACGUUUAGAUUCGGAGACGGAACGUGAGCUGCUCUCGUUGAUAUGUCGCGUACACGAAUUGGAAGCAGACAAAAUGGCGUUGCAAGGUGAACGAUUAGUCGAGUCGUACGAACUACGCCGCAGAGGAGAUCUGUUGCACAAGAUGCACAGACAACAGCGCAUCACCGACGACAUUAUCACGAAACAGCGGCAGAUCAUCGAAGGUCAAAACGUUCCGUUACCGACCGAUCUGAAAGAACUGUACCGGUCGUACCAACAAGAAAUACACGCCAACUCAUACAACACGGACGUGAACGCUAUACCACUAACGUCCACCAUGCAGUCAAUCGAUCGGAGCUUCGAGAAAACAUCUAUCGACGACCAGCCGGAAAAAAAUCGGACGUAUACCGCUGAAAGUCGCAUUCAACCAAUUACGCCGGAAUCGAGACUAGGCACAACCUCGAGCAACGAGAGCUUGGCUGCUGGCUUCGACUGGGAAAAGGACUCUGGAAGUUUGCCACCUAUCAAUCAAUCGACUGUCAUUCCACACUCCAGAGACGAAAUUCCGUCGCCCGUUCCGGCUUCCGUGCUGUUUCCUCCGAUUUCCAAUCGCUUUAGAUAAGGUUUUUCUAUUCUUCCCAUCUCCUCAUUUAUUUUUCAAAUAUAAACUAAGAUAAUAGGUCAGUAUACGCUAUCCGGCGCCCAGAGGUUGCGAAUCACAUAAUAUUAGGUACAUAUACUGCCGUUUGUUUUUCUUUAUUAUAUCCAUAUAAUAAAAGAUAUUAAUUAUUUAUAUACUCAUUAAAUGACAAUCCUAGGYCAUACUAUGUACUAAACAUUUGUGCAAAAAAUUAAUAAUUUGUAUUGGGUAAAUAUAGCCUCUUUGUGAUCUGUGUCAAAAUAAAAAAAGUUACGUUUUUAUCGAAAGCCCUUAAUCCUUACGAACCAAAUUUAUCUUCGUAUAGCUGCGUUAACUAUUCAGUAUAGGUAUCUACUUAUAUUAAUCUAUGGUGUAAAUAACUUACAUUUUAAAGAAAUAAUGGUUUGAUACCUAAUAAUUAAUUUUUUUUAAAGUACAUGCAUUGAUGCAUUGUACUACUGCUCGUAUAAUUAAAAAAUGAAUAUUGUAUGACUAAAAUAUUUGA